GAGAGAGAGAGAGAGAGAGAGAGAGAGAGACGGUGGGCAGUUUGAUGCAGACCUCCAGCCCGGACAGACCUGGUAAGAAAGGCGUUUUCAUUUUAGCUUUAAAUAUGAAACUAACAGGUGGUUGAAGUUGAGAGCUUUCCUGUCUGUAUAUUUCUACCUCUUUAGGUUUUUAUCUGCAGUUUUAUCGCCACUUUUCGGCUUCUAAUCAAUAGUUUGUCGAUCACUGGUCCUCCCUGCUGAAUAUGGUUAUCGAUACGCAGAUGAACUCUCAAAGCCAACACGUGUUUUUUUUAUUCUCUAUGAAGGUUUUAAUGAUUAAUCACAGCUCUCCAAACCAGAGUGAUCAGUAAUAUAUCUUAACGUUAAGUGUUGUCUGCCGGGACAAACAGUGUGGCAGGUAAUAACUGAACCAAUUUCCAUCAGUUACUUCAUUCACUGAGAGAGACGGGGGAAAGCUGCAGAGUCAGUGAAUAUCUUACAGCUGCUCUGACUCCUCUGAAUGAAAGGAUGAAGUAUUGUUUUAUAUAGCUUCAUGUAAUAUUCAAACAGAGCUACAGAGGCUUGUUUGCGAGUGAAGGGUACAGCUUGUUACUCAUUUUCACCUGUUGUGGAUCAGUACAGAGAUGCAUAUGUAUGAAAAUAUCUUUCACAUAGUAUUUCACCAGGAGCUCCUGGUGCAUUCAAAACACAGCAGAAGUCUAAGUAUUUGUCGUAAUAAUGUAUAAAAUAAAGUUAAAAAGAGAAAUGAGGCUCUAAUGCAGAUGCACUUAAACUGCAGUUCCUCCAGCGGCCACUUGAGGCUCUAGACGUCAGUCAGGAUUCAUCUAAAGGAAACAUGUUAUCAGCCUGGUAGUAACAGCAGUUUUUGUUUCUGUAGUUCAUUUCUCUGUUAAUGAAUAUUACGCGAGGAAAAGGUUCCACUUUAUUCAACCUUUAAUCUUUAAAUAAGGGUUAGAGUUGUGCUAAAUUUAGGGCCAGCACAUGUUUCCUGCUGGCUGUAUGAGGGGUGUUACCUCAGCUAAAUCAAGACUGAAACCUCUGGGCUGUUCUUGCAGUGUUAUUGUUGUUGUCGGUGUCUUCCUGGAUAAAUCACCUGUCGCUCUCUAUCUACAUCUAUGUGAAGCAGUGAGUCUGCUAUCCUUGUGUGCAUAUGUGCAGGAAAGGGAUUUGAAACGUAUUUAAUCAUGAUUCUGGAUGGUGUCUCUUUCUUUUUAUCCUAGCUUUCAUGAUCUCUUUAGUGCCUGUGAUCACUAUCGCCUCUCUUCUGUCAUGCUUAUCCUGUCCUUUGGCUUUUCAGACAUUCUGAUACAGACACCUACCUUCUUUCACUCCUCUCCCUGCUCUCCUUUCUCACCCUCAUAGUUUUUCUGUUAAAGAUACAGCAGUUUAACUUCCUAAUGCUAAUUUUUCUUGCAAGUUAAAUCAGUUUCUUGCUGGCUCAUGAUGCCAUAGACGUGUCACGGCUUCAGGCCCCAUGAGUGCCUCCAUCAGUCACUCAGCCACUCACAGGCUGGCUGAAUGACUGAUGAGUAAGUGAUUAAGUUAAUAGAUGACCGGACCACCAACAGAGAACAAAACCAGCUCAUUGCUCUCUCUGAGUCAAACAGUGCACUCUUUAAAGCUGUAGAUUUAUGAAUGACAUGAAUGGAGCAGGUGAAAGGCCUCCAUGAAGGAGCUGGAAGUACAUUCACUCCUGUAGUUCUGUUUUUAUUGUGUUUUUAUGCAGUAAAUGUUCCUUAAAAUACUUGUGCUGUGAUUUCUAAUGAGGGACUUUCACUUGUAAAAGACUAUUUUUACAAUUGUCAACUAGCUGUAGCCUGUUUUUUUCAUUGUUGAACACAUUACUUCUUGAGUUCAGCCAGACAGAGUCAAUACUUUAUGAAGUUUUAUGACCCUAAGCUGUAAAGAAGGUAAAUUUGUGUGGCUUUGACUCAAGUUUGGCUGCACAGUGUCACUCUGCAGUGGGUGACUGACACUGAUUAACAAGCUGGUUUCAGUGUUUCCGGGAAUCUGUCUGCUCGCUCGCAGGUUCAGACUCCUCGGCCAUGAAAACAAAGAAGCAACCCGGCAGCUCUUUUAAUUCAGCCCGUAUUUAGACUUCUCAUCCAUCACAUAUAAACUCAUUCCUUUAGGCUGUCUCUCGCUGACUGACUCCGUUCGAGUAAACUGUGUUGACGUGAACAGAGGAGCAGCUGUAUUGCUAAAGCACUUUGGUGCACCACAAUACAUUAGUGCUCACAGUUUACAUCAACAGCAAAGCAUUAGUGCUCACCUUUUCAACAACAGCAUGGACCCCAACAAAUGAGUAUGAAUUAAAAAGGAGACAUACUUUAAAUAAAUCCAAUUAUAGUCAUAAAAACAGGAACUAAAGGGGCACACACAAACAUGAACAUUACGAGUAACUGAUCUGCUGUUAUAUUUAGAUUUGCUGCUAAGAGCAGAACUUUACCACCGCCCAGAUAAGUGUCGUAAUUGCUUUUGACUUGUGCUUCUCUGGAUAAUUCAGGAACCCUUAUUUUAAUCUGCAUACGGCCUCCCUUUGGGUGCAGGCCCAGACAUUGGGCACAAGUUGGACAGAGGGCAGUUGCUCUUUGUGUACACUAACCUCAUUCAUCCAUGAAAGGGUCAUCUCAGUGCUCUGCAGACAGGAGCAGAAGGGCAGAAAAAAAAACCUGUUUGCAAUGUUUGUGGCUUUACAUUCAAUAGUCAGCUAAAGCGGAAGUACUAAAUGGGGAGACUGAGGACUGCCAGGGGUCUGAAGGAGAGUCCAGAUGGUCUUGGAAACAGUUUGAGUAGCUUAAAAAGGGGUUCACUGGCUCUGGUAGGAGUCUUACAGUGCCCUCAAUAGUCUCUAGAAGCCUCUGUGGUGCUGGCAUUUGGUCUUGAUGGUCUGUGUAGUCAAAAAUACCCACUGGGAUCCCUCAAGACCUCCAUCACCUCUGUGAUGAUCCUUCUAACCCUAACCUUGGCUAUGCUUGGUGGCCGCAGUAGUUUCCAACAGGUGCAGUGGAGUCACCUGCAACCUAAAUAGGGAUUUCAGGGGUUGUGUUGUAUCAUAUUGUAUUGUGCUAAAAUGUGAAGGACAUUGUAGUUGAACCUACUGUAGUUUUUUUUUUCUCUUUCAGCUCCUCACCACUCCCUCUCUUUUUGCCUGCCUGAUAAGAUUGUUAAGGCUGAGAGGUAGAAAGCAAUUAGGACUCCAGCCUUUAGGCCUCUCAGGAUACCUUAGUUAAAAUUCUGUGUGAUUGUUCAGUGUUAACAGAUGUUUGAGAGUCUAGCAGUGAACCAGCAGUGAACUGAAAUGUAACCCUGUUGUAGUUAUAGUGUUAAUUUGCCCAUCUGCCUCUCAGGUGACUGGACUGCUAUGAACCAAAGCUGGCUGAUGUACAGCUCAUUUCUUAUUUACAGCACGCUGGAUCGUCGGCCAUAAAAAGAACAGUCUACAGUGAGGUCUGUCUGAAAUGCAACACUAAAUUGAAUGUGCAACCUCACAUACUUACUGCCUCUCUAUACAGCAAAGGUGAGAUGGUUUAACAAUUUUUUAAAUAUAUAUGACAAUUUACCUUAACUGACCUCCAUCAAGCCUUACUGCCCACAGCUCAAUGCUGUGAAGUGGCUGUAGACGAUCACUGCAUUAGAAAUACCAAAGCUUUUCAACAUGAUCUGCACUUUUACUUACCAUGAAUAAUUGAUGCAGAUUUACUGUGCUGUUGGAGUGCCAAGAUCUCAGUGAUGUCUGUCAGUGAGAGAGGAGCUCAGAAUGUAUUCCUAGUGUGUACUCAGACACUUAAUUUGUUUGGGGUUAAUUUGCACGUUUUCUUUGGUAUUGCUUGUGCUCCUUACAUACCUUUUGUGGCGUGUGGUGUAUUUUGUGGACCCAGAAGCAGACUCAGAGACAGAUAGCAAGUUAAAGAUGUAUUUUUAAUGUCCUAAACUCAGGGUAAAAGGCACAAGGAAAGUCCGGUUGGCUGGCUGACUGUUGUGUGGGCUGUAGACACUGUGGACAAGCAGGAGAGAAUGAGGUUAGAAAUCAUAUGAGGAAUCACAGGGAGCAAAAGUCACAAGAACUUAGCCGAGGAGAAGACCAGGAGAAGCGUCUGUACCACUCAGGAGCGAAGACAAUACUCAGCGCAGGUGUGGAGUCUCGCCCAGCUCCACCGAGGAGAGGAAGCGUGCUCUGAAAACAGUCAAGCCAGACCAGGGAAACAAGGAAAACAACAGGAAGUUAAACCAAAAUAAUGCAGGAAGUGGAGGCGUCUCACCACACUUUUCUUACUUUGUACAACCUUGAGUCAUCAGCCCAGGGUAGUGGAGUGAGGAAUGUGUGAUGCCAGCACACACAACAUAUAUUCCAUGUAUUAUGAUGCCUUGCAAGAUGAUAUACCCACCACGAGUCAUGAGUAAGACUCUACAGACUAAGGCCCCAACUACACGAAUGCGGAUUUCAAACCGCACAUAUUUAUGUCCGAUUAGGCCUCCCUACCACACCAAAAUGGGAGUUUGGAGCACUCAAACCGGAUAAAUCUGACUCUGAAAAAACAAGUGAAAAAAUAAAAAAAAAUCUGUAUAAGUGGAUUCGUGUGGUUGAACUUUUAUGGAUCAAUGACGUCAAAUCGCUAGCUCACGCAUGCGAAUUAAAAAGAAAAACAACAACAACAACGAUGGUGGACAUACAGGGUAUUCUUUACGUUUGUUUUGCCCUUUUGGGGCUAAUUUCAGCCUGGCAAGUGAACCUUGUUUUGUACAAUUACAUCCACCAGUCAGCCAGCUCACAGAGGCGUCUGUUGCGCCCAAUACUUUUAUUGGUCACAUGGUUCGCCACAUGGACCCGAUGCACUAGCAUAGCUUCCACAAACAAUGCAUGACGCGUCACGCUGUUACGAUUCAUCGGCCAAUCAGGUAGCUUUGUUCCUGAAUUUUUUUUAAGCGGCACCAGAUAGGAUUGAGUUUGAAGGCUACGUGUGGACGCAGAUAUUUUUGAGAACUAACACGUGUGGACAGAUACAUUUAUUUAGAUGGCAGUACAAAAAUAUCCUGAUAAAUAAAUAUCUAUAUACGUGUAGUCCGGGCCUCAGGCUGCACAAAAUAAAUUGCAGUUUCAUUGAUAAAUGAGCAUUUGCAAUGAACCAGUUUGCAAAAACCUCAAUAGUUGCUAUGCCAAUAAACUGCAUCACAUAUUCCAUUGUUGUUUUCUCACUCAGCGGGUACAUCUUAGAGGAAGUCUAAUAAGGUAGGCGGGGGUGUUAUGGCUGUGCUUUUACAGUGUUUUGGUGCAGUCAGAUGAAGCUCUAGCCAGCUGUCGGCAAACCUCAGAUUGUGAUUAUUCUGUGAUGAUAAAACUUCUUUUUACAUUAAUGUGUUCAAAACAGUAGAUUUGCUUUAAUUUUUCAUAUUGCAUUAAACAUUGCAGGAAAAAAAACAUUGCAACAUCAUUUGUUUCAUAGAACAUGCAGCUCUGGUUCAGACAUCGACUUAAGUAUUAUGCAGCUUGUGUGACUCAGACCUGGUGGUCGGUCUGUGAUGAACAAAUCAGUCAUAACUGUCUGAAGGCUGAGCCAGACUGGAAGACUUUUCCUUUUUAUUCUGAUGUACCACUUGCUACUCACCACAUACUGCUCAUCACGGUACAUGGACUGUAACUGUCUACACAACAUGUAGACUACGAAACUUACUCGUCACAGCACACAGACUCCUCACAGUAAGUUUCACUCAGCAGCACGAACUACACACCUUGUAACUUACUGGUUGUUAGGCUAACGUAACACAACGUGGCAAACACCAGGCUGCUGACAAUACAUUACAUUCAUAGCACCACUUCCAAGAAAACAAUAAAGUACUUGGUCCAGUUCAUGUAACAGCAACACAUCCUGCUCAUAAUGAACAGAGUCACUUGUGCAGCAGUAUCAAGGCAACAUCGGUGUCAGACCUCAGUCCAAUCUCCUCCUUUAGGACUUUCCAUCAAGGAAAAGCAACAUCCGCGUUCAUCCUCUCCAUUUGCCACUCUCUUUCUUCUCCAACAGACCUCCCUUUUUUUUUUAGUAGGAUCCACUUAUGAACGUCUUGGUCGCUUCUUCGGGUUCUCCGCCAUGUUGCCUCUAGCAGCACUCUCCUCCCCCCUUCCCUCUCGUUGUCAGGUAAAACCAAGUAGAACCCAUGGGGAAUGUUGCCAAAAACACCAAAUACAAAAAGAACAAAUGCUGAAAAAUACUGCAAGUUGUUAGAGAAGCCGGAUGGCUUAAUCAGCUUUGUAUCAUCCCUUCUUGUUGUGGCUUGCGUGAAAUGGAUAUUUACAGACACAUAGAAGUUACACACUAUAGCUUUAAAGCCUAAAUGCUCUGGGUAUUUCGGGGAUUAUCUCCAUUUCCUGAAACUGGCAUUUAUGCAGUAGCAUUUGGCAGGAGAGCUGUUGUGAUGAUGCUCUGCUCAAACAGCGUACCCCCACAAAUGUCCUACAGAACUCUCUUACACCCAUAGGCUGUAUCAAGUGUCAAUCACAGAAAACAUGAACCCCUAAUAACUUUUAAAAAUGGAGCAGAAGAGGUCCAUUUUAUAUGCAGUCUAUGGUUCUACCAAAAUGCUCCCAUCUGAAAAUGGUCAAAUUGGUUCAAGUUUGCCAAUGACAAGCCACUCUGCUCAAAAUAAGAUGACAAUUCAGCUACUGUAGGUUAAAUAAUGACACAUCAGGCAGUCAUUCACAUAGGAAACAAUUUUAAUCAGAUAAGUAAAAAGUUUUUUGUUCUAGUCAGACAAAUAUAAUCGUACCGCAAGAAGCUGAAGCUAAACAGUGUGUACAGUAAAGCACAAAACCCACAGGAUGAAUGUGCCACACCUUUUGUCAGCACUACACAUUAAACAUGUUCCAGUUCUAGUCAAUGCUGCAUUUUACUCAUGAAGCACCAUAACGCAUCUCAGCUCUGUCCCAGAGGCAUUUCUACAUUCUGACUACACCCAGCAUGCGUUUAGCUGGACAGAGAAAGAAGAUUGACCUAGGCAUAGAACUGGGCGAUUUGGCAAAAAAAAAAUUAUCAUGAUAUAUUUUGUCAUGUUGUCUGAUCUUUUUUUUUAACUGACAGUUUUAAAGCAUCUGUAUUAAAAACUAAAGAAAGGAGAGAUUAGUUCAACAUUUUAUUUACAUAAAAAGUAAAUAACAAAGCUAAUUGAAUAAGAUAAACAUAGAAAAAUAAAAAAAAUACAUGUUUACUCAACAGUACAACAAACGUAGAUGAAUUUUAUGUAAUACAGUGAACUAGUCUGAAAAUGUAAACAUUAGAUGAUGUAAACGAAGAUGAUAUGAUUGAUUGCUGCUUUGGUCUGGUGGCUGCACUGCUAAUUGUGGCUAAACUGCUAGUGCUACUGAAGCAGCAGUAGCAGACUGCACACACUCCGCUCUAACCUAUGGCAUGUUGUUUUCUGUAUGCCAAGGCCAGCUGCUUCAGACUGCACUACACUCCAAAAGCACACUUCCAGUGGGCGGGGCUGCACACUUUCAGAGGUAGUCAGAACAUGACACACAUGGCAAACAGCACACAGGCAUCCUGUGGGUUUUUGGCACAAGACACUGGUGUGAAAACCUGCCUGCUCAGGAUGGGUAUGAACUCCUAAAAAGGUUGUUAGUUGUUAGAUAUUUAGCAUCAAACCCCAAAAAUCAGACUAAUUCAGUAGUUUAGGGAUGAUCUCUGUUUCAGGUGAACAGAGACAGCUAAUCUUUAUUGGGCUGUGUUUUUCUGACCUUCAGAGAACACAGAGACAACCAGGGACCAGCAAAAAGUCUAAACCCAGGAUAAAGAGGUUCAGUGAAUGUGGUGUUGAAUGAUUCAAGGUGGAUCACUGCAUUAUUAGAAGACACUUUAUAGAAGGACAAAGAGCCAGCAGGAUAGUCCACAUACACUGCUACUCUGUCAGAGACAAAAGAGGAGAUUUCGCGUCCUUUUUUAUUGUGCCAGACAGUGUAAUCUUUAUCUUGAGAGCAGAACAAUGCCCAGGAGUGAUCAUUAGAUCCAAACACACAUUCAGCACUGUUUCCUUUCCUGCUGAUUCUUCUGUAACUCACUGAUAUAUAAACAUCACCACUCCACUCAACCUCCCAGUAACAGCGACCAGUCAGACCAGUCCUACACAACACCUGAGGCCAGUAGUCAAAUCUGUCUGGAUGAUCAGGGUAUGGCUGAUCAUUCUCCACACGUGUCACCGUUCUGUUGUUGUCAGACAGUUCAAGCUCUCUAUAAGCUGUGUUUGUGUCCAGUUCGAUCUCGCAAGCAUCUGAUGGAAAGAAUAAGACACAACGCAGCUGUGGGUUAUCUGUUUGUUCAGAAACAACUUAACUGAGACUGAGAGACGAUCAAACUUAUAUUUUAUAUUCAAAAAUCUUGUAAUUAUAGAAUUAAAUUACAUUUAGAAAAGACUUUCCAGCUACAACUUCAAACUACUGUCAAAGAUUCACAACUAUCUGGAUUCUUUUGUUGGAAAUGACUGUUAGAGUCGAACAGGGGUUUGUUUUGUUUUAUUACUGAUCACCAUUGGGAAUAAUCAGAAACAAUUUUUCUAUUAUGAAAUAUAUUUAGCCGAUUCUUAUUUACAUAGGCAACGACAAAUGAAGAAAAACCCAAACAACAACAACAAAACUACAGAUUCUUUUGUCAUAUCUGUGUGCAGUUAGGGUUAGGGUUGAUUUAAAGAAAAAAAAAACAAAAAAAAACAAAACAAACACUGAAUCUUAAAUUGAAUCAAACUGAAAAUACACUCACACUUUCUCAGACCAGGUUUCAGUCUGUGCAGGCCAUCGUGGUCCAACCUAGAGGACGAAACAACUUCUGUUUUCACAGAUUCUUGUCAUAAUGAUUUUUAUGCUGAUAUAAUCCUGCACCUCACAAUAUCAAAGCGAGUGUAAAAAUACAGACAAGUGUAUCUAUCUCUUAGUCUAUCUGUACCUCAGUGUCUCCAAUCUGCAGUGAGGAUCCUGCAGUUUAGCAGUCAGCUGCAUCUUUCCUGCUUCUCCAGGGUAAUUGUAGCUAAGGUCCAACUCUUUCAGACGGGCAGAGCUCAAAACUGAGGCCAGAGAUGCACAUCCUUCUUCUGUUAUCAUACAGCCUGACAGACUGCACACACACUCACACAAACCAUACAGAAUUAUAAUGAGUUCAGCUCCAGACUUCAAAGUAGAUCAUUACACUCCCUGGCUAGGUUGUGAUAGUUUUGAAAUUUUUAAUCUAGCCAUCAAUGAAUUUUCUUCUCUUUAUCUGGGGUCAGCACAGGGAGGCAUUUCAGGGGGAUCCCAAGAAAUUCUCAGGUGAGGCCAGCUUUAAGAAGAAACCCAUUUCGUGUGUCCAUGACCUAUUUUCUUUGGUCAAUACCCAAAACUCAUGGUUGGAAUGUCAAUUCUCUUGCUAAUAUUAUUUUGGCAUUACCUUGUUUAUAAUAAUCAGGUAUUAAAUCAGUUUAGAGCUAACAGUGUUCAGCGAACACAGUGCUCAGUUUAGAGCACUUGAUACAUGAGAGAGCUUUUUUUUUUAUCUCUUUUUUCCUUUAACAAUGUUAGUAGAUGAGAUGGACGGAUGGAUGGACUGACUGGCAGACAAAUGGAAUCAGAGUGGGUCUGAUCUUACAAAAUGGGACUCAAUCCUGUCUGAUCUUGAUGUUGGGUCUUUGCAAAUAUAAUGAAGAAAAUGGUCUUGAUAAGCUUUUUUGCAAAGUGUCCUGAGAUAAUAUUGGUAGUGACUAGGAGCAAUGUGGAUAAAAGUUUAAUUAAUUAACUGAUUGAUUGAUAAAAAAUGAACAGAAUAUUUUUGAAGAGUAAUUUAACUUGCAUGUGUCAUUCAUAUUAUUGGGUCGACAAAUGUUGGUGUCACAUGCAUCAUAUGGUAUCUUAAAAUGAUGCAUUUAAUCACAUCACAUCACUGAAGCAAGAGUGAAACUGCAGACUGGAUACUGUUGCUUUGGGCCUGCCUCUCUCCCUAUUAGACUGGUUCAAUCUUAGUAGUCUGUUUUCUAUAGUCUGUUUGUAAUUCAGCUUGAGGUUUCUAAACGUAAAUAAAAAAGACUGUUUUGAGAAGACUUCAUAUAUCCUGGUCUGAAUGCAUUCAAUUAUUGAUGCUCAUGUAGCUAUCAUUUCCAAUCAUUGCACACCUGAGAGUCUCCAGACUGCAGUGCUGAGUCUUUAGUGCAGCAGACAGGAGUCUCACCCCUGAAUCCUGUAGGUCAUUGCUGCUCAGAUCCAGUUCCAUCAGACAAGAGGACCUGGAGCUUAGGACUGAAAACAGAGAUGCGCAGCUUCUCUCAGACAGGUUACAGCAACUCAGCCUGAAAGGGAAUCAUUAAAACAUAAUUUCAAUCAUUUACUAAUGAAAGAGCAGUAUAUUAGAUGGUUGUCUUUUUGGAAGAGCGUUGCACCAACCUGAGAGUUUGUAGCCCACAUGCUGGACUCCUCAGCCCCUCACACAGCAGCUUCACUCCAAAAUCCUGCAGGUCAUUGUUACUGAGGUCAAGCUCUCUCAGAAUAGAACACCAGGAGCUGAGAACUGAGGACAGAGCUGCACAGCUUUUUUCAGUGAGGUUACUGCUGUUCAGUCUGAAGAAGAGUCAGGAGUACAUAGAAGAAAGUCAUUAUACAAACUUGCUUUAUUUUUUAAUGUAAAAAAUUCUUGUUAACUUUGAUAGUUUUGUGUACACAUACAGAGCUUUGUUUGAGAAUUUGAUCACUGGCAGCAUCCUCAGAGCAGCGUACUCCGAAGCAGAGUAUGUUUUCAGGUCAAGCACAUGCAGAUCUUGCUCAGAUGAUAGUAAGAUGAAAACCAGGGCUGACCACUGACCAUGAGAGAGUUCAUCUGCUGAGAAGUGUUCUGAACUCAUGUACCGGUGGAUCUCCUCCACCAGAGAACAAUCAUUCAGUUCAUUCAGACAGUGGAACAGGUUGAUGCUUUUCUCUGCAGACAGAUUCCCAUCAAUCUUCAUUUUGAUGUACUUGACUGUUUCAGUUUUGGUCAGUGAGCGUCGUCUAGAUUGUGUCAGCAGACCUUGAAUGUGCUUCUGAUUGGUCUCAAGUAAAAGGCCAACAAGGAAGCGGAGGAACAAGUCCAGGUGUCCAUUCGGGCUCCGUAAGGCCUUUUCCACGGCAUCCUGAUAGAUGUGUGUCUCUGCAGGUUUGGUAAUUGUUUGUUCUUCAGACAUCAGAUUGACUCCAGAGUUGAUGAAGGUCAGAUGGACGUGAAGGGCAGCCAGAAACUCCUGAACACUCAGAUGGAUGAAGCAGAACACUUUGUCUUGAUACAGUCCUCUCUCCUCUUUGAAAAUCUGUGUGAACACUCCUGAGUACACAGAGGCUGCUCUGAUAUCUAUGCCACACUGACUCAGGUCUGAUUCAUAGAAGAUCAGGUUUCCUUUUAGCAGAUGCUCAAAUGCCAGUUUUCCCAGAGACUCAAUCAUCUCACUGUUCUCUGCACUCCAGUGUGAAUCAGUCUCAGUUCCUCCACUGUACUUGAUGUUCUUCAGUUUGGUCUGAACCACCAGGAAGUGGAUGUACAUCUCAGUCAGGGUCUUGGGCAGCUUGCUCUUCUUGUUGGUCUUUAACUGAUCCUCCAGAACUGUAGCAGUGAUCCAACAGAAGACCGGGAUAUGGCACAUGAUGUAAAGGCUUCUGCAUGUCUUUAUGUGGGAGAUGAUUGUGCUGGCCUGCUUCUUGUCUUUGAAUCUCUUCCUGAAGUACUCCUCCUUCUGAGGGUCAGUGAACCCUCUGACCUCCGUCACCAGGUCAACACACUGAGGAGGGAUCUGAUUUGCUGCUGCAUGUCUUGUGGUUAUCCAGAGGCGAGCAGAGGGAAGCAGUGUCCCCCUGAUGAGGUUUGUCAGCAGCACAUCCACUGAGGUGGACUUUGUGACAUCAGUCAGGAUCCCACUGUUGUUGAAGUCCAGAGGAAGUCGACACUCAUCCAGACCGUCAAAGAUGAACACGACCUGGAACUCUUUAAAGCUGCAGAUUCCUGCUUCUUUGGUUUCAGAAAAAAAGUGAUGAACAAGUUCCACCAGGCUGAAACUUCUCUCUUUCAGCACAUUCAGCUCUCUGAAAGUAAAUGGAAAUGUGAACUGAAUGCCCUGGUUGGCCUUGUUUUCAGCCCAGUCUAGAGUCCACUUCUGUGUUAAGACAGUUUUUCCAAUGCCAGCCACUCCCUUGGUCAUCACGGUUCUGAUUGGUACUUCUCUUCCAGGUGAGCCUUUAAAGAUGUCCUCUUGUUUGAUGGUUGUCUCUAGCUUAGGUUGUUUUCUGGAUACUGUUUCAAUCCGUCCGACCUCAUGUUUUUCAUUGGCCUCUGUCUCUCCCUCUGUGAUGUAGAGCUCUGUGUAGAUCUGAUUCAGAGGAGUUGGGUUCCCUGCUUUUGCGAACCCCUCAAACACACGUUGAAACUUCUUCUUCAGGUUAGACUUGAGUUUACGUUGACACACUGCAUCAAAAGUUCCUGAAUAUACAAGCAACAUAAGAAAGCUUUGAGUGGAUACUGCAGACAGACAGAGAUAAAUGUACAAAGCUGUAUAUUUGUGAAAGACUGUAUUGUAGCAGAGAGUUUCCAUCCAUAGAAGAAAAUCUCUCAUACAUUCAUGGAUUUUGUCCCACCUGUAAAGGGCAGAACUCGUGGGGUCCAAAAAGAUGUGUGCAUCAUAUUUACUACAAAGUUUAUUGUGUUAUUAUGUGAAAUCUGUUAAAAUCUUCUUACUGCUCUGCAGACACUCAACCAGCUCCUCCUGCUUUCUCCUCUUCAAGAAAUGCAAAGUGAUUUUCAGAAAAGCUUCUCUGCUGCUCCUCCCCUGCUCUUUAUCCUCACCAUCCAAAACCUCCUCAUCCUCACUCUGACUCUCUAAACAUGAUGGGUCAUCUGAACUCAGAGCCCUUCGGACUCUCCUCAGCUCCUUCCUCACAAAGGUGACAAUGUCCAUCUCCAGCAGCUGGAACAGAAACACUCGAUAUUUAGUUCAAACUGGCAGAACACAACAUCUGUCAUAUUAAAGGUCAGCUGAUGAUUCAGCAUGAAAAUCUUAGCAAUUGUAAUUCUUUGUAAACAUAUGAAUCAUUGUCUUAAACACCGUAAAUAUGGAGUCCAGGUUUGUUUGAUGCUGCUGGUCUGACUGAUUGCUUUGAUCUUCUGAGCUCUGCUGAAGCCUGCAGAGAAAACAUCAAGUUUUAGGAGAGUUGAUAACACAGCACACUGAAGAUAUUCUGGCUUUGAAGCGCUUGGUGCAGGGUUAGUCUCGGCAACUACAUUUGCUACAAACUACAUUUUUCUCCCCCCUGCUUGUGAUGUUGAUAUGUAGUUACUGUCAGACUGGUCUGUGCUGAAGUCCUCUUUUUUCUGUGCAGCUCCAUUUUUAAAAGUUAUUAGGGGGUUCAUGUUUUCUAUGAUUGACACUUGAUACAUACAGCCUAUGGGCGUGCGAAGAUUGCAUAGCUCACCUGGGGGAUAUGCUGUUUGAACCGAGCGUCAUCACAGUCGACUAGUCGACACAAUAAGUCGACAAGUUGACUAGGACUUUACAGCCCUAGUAAUUAUGCAGUAGUUUUUGAAACAUCUUUGUUGACUUAUCAGCCUGCAAAGCAGGCACAAAAGUGUACCUCACCAGACGGUGAAAGAUUAAAAGCAACCCAUCAAAAGUUGUCAACAUUUUUGUAUUCUGUAGUACCUUUAGACUACAUACAGUACUUCAAAACAAUACCAUCGUGGCACAGACACAUCCAAGGACCUCCAUCCACAUGGUGUAAUUUCAAGACUAGAUCAUGGAAAAGGAUUAUUGGACAACAUUCACACACAGGACAGAUGGCACAGGGAGUCAGUCAGUGAGGCCUGUGGUCCAUCCAUGCACAUCCAGGAACCUAAACAGGGCAUUGCAAGAAUGGGACAUAGAUACUUCUGACAUCAACCAGGGAACAAGCUGAUGUGAUUGUACAUUAAAGUAAAGCAGCAGGAAAUAAAAAGGAGGAAACCAACAUGACUGCAGUCAUGACAGAAACCUGUGAGAGCCUGUUAGGUCACAUGGAGGAGAGGUUCACUAAGGGUUACCCUUUAUUUGCAGCAAAACUCCUAUUGCAAAAUAAUUUUUGCAAUCAUCUUUGGAGGCAGAACUGGAGUCAGACUAUGGACAAUAACAAGUAAGGAAGAACUUAAAACCAUGUUUUGAGUCUCUACAGGAACAGUAAGCGUAGCGAAGGUAACACUGCACUUUCUCAGCUGAAAUUCAUCCUCUAAAAACAACAGGGUGCCUGGUUUCAGCAACUCUUACUUCCACAGACCAUAGUGUGUAGGAUAAAAUUGGAUUGAUGUUUAUAUUUUGGUAUGGGUUAUAAGGGACUCCAUAAACAAUUUCUUAUGAUUGAACAAUAAAUCCUAACAGUAUCUAUAGUGUUAACUAUGCAAGUUUUAGCUAAUAGAUUGUUAAAUUGACAUGCAAGGAUUACAUGUAGUUCAUGAUUUAUACGGAAGGGUGGCACUAGUAAGUCAAUAAGAAAACAUGAACCCCCUAAUAACUUUUAAAAAUGGAGCUGCACAGAAAAAAAGAGGACUUGAGCACAAACCAGUCUGACAGUAACUACAUGUAGAGCUGGGUGAUAUGGGAAGAAGUUUUUUACGGUAUAUUUUUUUUCAUAUCAGCCGAUAUAUAUCACGAUUUAAACAAUGAAAUGUAACAGUGUUUAUUGGUCGCAUGUCUUUUGCAAUACAAUAAUCUACUGCAUCUGUGAGGUCUUUGUGUCGCUUUGAUGUUUUGUCAUAAGGCGUUGCUCUAGAGAAAGCAGACUGAAUGGUCGCCUGUUUCGGCUGCACAGGCGCCAUGGGCUCCUUGCUCCGCUCAGGGUUUGUAACUUUUUGCAUUGCGUGUACUCUGCGGCGUGGCGCUGCUUCAGGUGGUGAAAAAGAUUUGAGGUAUUCUCCGACUUUGUGAGAACAUGUACUCGACAUAAUUUACAGUACACAUUACUCUACUUUAGGGCUGAAACGAUUACUCGAGUAACUCGAGUAACUCGAUUAAUAAAAUUCCUCGAGGCAAAUUUCAUGCCUCGAGGAAUCGUUUAAAUCCGGAACCAUGUGCAGCGCACGGUGUUUGACACGGACGGUUAUUUCUGUUGCGCAGCAGCGUGCUCUUUCCGCUCCUUCCGCUGCCGCGCGUUUCAUAGACAUAAUAAAAGGGUAGACCCCGCUGGGGGUGCUGCGCAGCGAGAAAUGCGGCCGCCAUCUUGGUCAGGUCAAGCUUCCCAUACGCUCCGGUCAAUCAUAUUCAUUCAUUCAGCGAUGCCGGAGCACUGUGCGGCGUAUUCCUGUGCCAACAGGCGGACAGCAGAGAACAGGGCUCAAGAAAUAACUUUUCACAGUUAUGAUUAAACGUUUUUUAAACAUUACACUUGACUGUAGAGUCAUUUGUAGGCCAAAGAGGAAGACUAUCGGUCAACUCCAAAAAGGAAACAGCAUUUGCGAACAGCUAGCUUAUUCACAAUAAUAGCAACUUUGGUCGAUUAUCAACAGAUUUGCAUUAGAUUGAAAAACUUUUGUUUGAGAGAGGUUCUAAGAAACGUUAAGAAAUAAAAUAGAAAGAAAAAGGAAGAAAGUGAGCUCUGUUUUAUUAUCUGUUUUAUUAAAGAUUUCUUUGUGGUGAUCUCCUGUUUCAUUUUGAAGAUUUCCUAAGGACAAAAACUUGAGGAAGAAGUGGGAGAUUGCUGUUAGAGGGAGAAAUUCGCAGCAAGUGAUUCCUCUGUGCUGUGUAGCCAACAAGCAAAUUGAUAUGUAGUUUAGAUGCUGUCCUGUCAUGCUGUUCUUGUGUUUAAAUCUUUUUGAUAUGUAGGCUAUAUAUUUGUGUGUAUUUUCCAGUUAUUAAAAUAGUGCUUCUAUAUGACAUUAUUUGUGUGUGUCUACAAAUGGAUAAAUAAAAUUAAACUAUAUAAAAAAUUAUAAUCAAAGCAAUAUAUAUUGAAUUGGCCUAUUAAUACCGCCAGUUAUUAAUAAUUAUUGAGACAUAGCAGGAACCUAGCUCUAAACCUAAAUAUAUCCUUGAUUAAUUGUUAUACUAUAAUACAGCCACUGCUGCCAUGUUCUAAAAUAUCAUUUUAUUCAUUCUGAGUAUUUGAAAACGCCAAAAAAAAUAAGGCCUCUAUCAUGCCUCUUUGAAUGGCGUUUGCAGAGAAGAAAAUUACGUAGUAUUGAGCGAUCUAUGAUUCAUUAAUGCGCUCAGACUUCAUUCCGCCGGUUAAACAGCGGUGCAGAGUGAGGCGGAUGACCGGACCAAGAUGGCGGCCGCAUUUCUCGACAGCGCCCAUUCGUGGUAGCGGCCGAUGCGGGGUCUAUCUUUUAUUAUGUCUAUGGCGCGUUUGGUUCAAUCAUGGGGGGAAACGUGGACAGACAGAGAGAGGAAGAAAGAGAUGACACGCAGAGGAAACGGCAGAAAGUGUCUAAAGUGUGGGACCAUUACACACUGAAAAGGAAAGAAAACGCCGUGCAGUGCGUUCACUGUAAGGCGGAGUUGGCGUUUCACAACAGCACGUCGUCAAUGCUGCAGCACCUUAAAAGAAAACACCCGGUCCAUGCAUUAAGUCCGCUCUGAGGCAAACGUGAUUCAAUGCAAAGUAUUACAGUGAGAGCAAAACAUUUCUUAUCCGAUUACUCGAUUAAUCGACAGAUUAAUCGAUAGAGUACUCGAUUACUAAAAUAAUCGAUAGCUGCAGCCCUACUCUACUUCAUGUCAGACCUCAAAAAACUAAAAUACCUCCACACCACCGACAUCGAGGAUGUUGUCAUAGAUUGAGCCUUCAUCUGCAUUUCUGUGGGGGGUAGCACUAUUUUCUUUUCUUCUCACCAACAGUGCUGUCGGCGUCUUGUGUUAAAGUGCUAUGGUUGCAUGUAGCUGCAGCCUGCUACUACACAGUUUUUCCACAACUCCAUAAGGUUUGCUGGAGGAGGCAGGAUUUAUGACCUAUACUGUUGCCCCACUAGAGUGUGCUGUUCUUGGGGUGGAGUAAAACCAUACAUAGAAUAUACACUCACCGGCCACUUUAUUAGGUACACCAUGCUAGUAAUGGGUUGGACCCCCUUUUGCCUUCAGAACUGCCUCAAUUCUUCGUGGCAUAGAUUCAACAAGGUGCUGGAAGCAUUCCUCAGAGAGCUUGGUCCAUAUUGACAUGAUGGCAUCACACAGUUGCCGCAGAUUUGUCGGCUGCACAUCCAUGAUGCGAAUCUCCCGUUCCACCACAUCCCAAAGAUGCUCUAUUGGAUUGAGAUCUGGUGACUGUGGAGGCCAUUUGAGUACAGUGAACUCAUUGUCAUGUUCAAGAAACCAGUCUGAGAUGAUUCCAGCUUUAUGACAUGGUGCAUUAUCCUGCUGAAAGUAGCCAUCAGAAGUUGGGUACAUUGUGGUCAUAAAGGGAUGGACAUGGUCAGCAACAAUACUCAGGUAGGCUGUGGCGUUGCAACGAUGCUCAAUUGGUACCAAGGGGCCCAAAGAGUGCCAAGAAAAUAUUCCCCACACCAUGACACCACCACCACCAGCCUGAACCGUUGAUACAAGGCAGUAUGGAUCCAUGCUUUCAUGUUGUUGACGCCAAAUUCUGACCCUACCAUCCGAAUGUCGCAGCAGAAAUCGAGACUCAUCAGACCAGGCAACGUUUUUCCAAUCUUCUAUUGUCCAAUUUCGAUGAGCUUGUGCAAAUUGUAGCCUCAGUUUCCUGUUCUUAGCUGAAAGGAGUGGCACCCUGUGUGGUCUUCUGCUGCUGUAGCCCAUCUGCCUCAAAGUUCGACGUACUGUGCAUUCAGAGAUGCUCUUCUGCCUACCUUGGUUGUAACGGGUGGUUAUUUGAGUCACUGUUGCCUUUCUAUCAGCUCGAACCAGUCUGGCCAUUCUCCUCUGACCUCUGGCAUCAACAAGGCAUUUCCGCCCACAGAACUGCCGCUCACUGGAUAUUUUUUCUUUUUCGGACCAUUCUCUGUAAACCCUAGAGAUGGUUGUGCGUGAAAAUCCCAGUAGAUCAGCAGUUUCUGAAAUACUCAGACCAGCCCUUCUGGCACCAACAACCAUGCCACGUUCAAAGUCACUCAAAUCACCUUUCUUCCCCAUACUGAUGCUCGGUUUAAACUGCAGUAGAUUGUCUUGACCAUGUCUACAUGCCUAAAUGCACUAAGUUGCCGCCAUGUGAUUGGCUGAUUAGAAAUUAAGUGUUAACGAGCAGUUGGACAGGUAUACCUAAUAAAGUGGCCGGUGAGUGUAGAAUGGAUGCCAUCCAUUUUAUAUACAGUAUAUGGUUUUACUCCCAGCUGGGGACAUGUGGUUUGAGUAUGACAUAGGUUUGACUCAAAGGUAGACAGUGAUUUUUAAGAAGCCCUUUUUGCAUGGAACCGGUGAUGUCAUUUAAAUAAGAAGGUUGUAUAUUUAAGCACACCUUAUUAUACGUAUUGAUCAGAGCCAGAUGUCUGGCGCAUUUUCUUGGCUGUGGGUUCAUUCGUGUUUGGGGUUCUGUGCUGUAUGGAGUGAUGAAAGUGGUAACUUGAAUUUCCCUUUGACUUAAAAUAGUGUUAGAGGUCCAGACCUGCAUGAAUAUCAGAUCAUCAUUUAUUUGUUCAGAUUGUCAAUGUGAGAUCUUCCAAGAUCAUGACCUCAGUCUAUGAAAAUCCAUCUCUGAAGUCUGCUGCUCCUCUGAUGAGAUGUUUUGUGAGACACGCAAACAUACUGAUUUUUUUCAUCAUGUUAGCCUAAUCACAUGAUUCUUGACAGAUGACUGUUGUACCGGUGAACACUGGGAUAUCAUUUCUGAACAAUGUUCUAAUGGGUUCUGCAACACAUUCUGACCCUCUGGGCUGAGUUAUGAGUACUUUAUCAAGAAAAAGAGAUAAACUUGAGUUUUUAAUUCUUACUCUUCAUCAGCAUGUCCACAUUUGAAGGUCAUUGGGGGGUCCUUAGACUGGUCACUCUUCAUGGACAAACAGCUGGGUCCAGGAGACUUUGGACUCUGCUUCCUCAUCCUGACAUCAACAGGGAGCUGAUUAAUAACAGUACUAAUGAAAAAGAUCAUUUCAAGAAGACUGUCACUUCUCUGUUCCUACAUUCGAUCUUGUAUUCAUCAAGAGGUGCAUUGGACACUGUGUGUGUGUGUGUGUGUGUGUGUGUGUGUGUGUGUGUGUGUGUGUGUGUGUGUGUAUAAAAGCGGAAAGAAAAGCAAAAAUCAAGAGGAAAGGGAAGGAAUGGAAAUAUGGCAGAAAGAGUGGGAGGAGUACCAGAAAGGAAGAGGUUUCAUAAAACACAAAAGCCUGUCAUCACAAAAAGCUAUAAAGAAGGGAAUAGAGUUGUUUUCAAGCUAAAAUAAGUCAGAAGAAGAAGGAUAUGAAGAGGAAGGAGAAGAAUCUAAAAAGUCCCCUUGGCAGUUUCAUCAUUUUUUAAUUUCAUCAAAAUGAGAUGUUUGUUGUAGCUGCCAUUAGACUCAGUCAGUUAAACUCAGUGAUAUGUUAAAACGACAAAAAUCAAGAGUUACAAUCAUUAGUUUAGAAUUAAUAAAUAUGAUUUAAAACACAUGGGCAUUUAUGUCCUAUCACUUCAUUGAGGAACUAAUGUUCAGGAGCAACAGUGAGGGACAGGUUAUUGUUUUCAGCGACACAUCCAUGCUCCCUGCGCUGCUGGGAGCACUUAUGGGAGAGGAGGAUGGUAAAUGAAGUUCCUUUGUAUAAUAUUCUUAAAAGACUUGUAAAGUGAAGACCAGCGAAGCUCAAAGUUUUCUGUUUACUCCCCUUGAGUUAACACGACCAAUAAGGUAUGCGUGGCACUGCGUGUUAAUUAAUGUGGAUGGAAUAAAUUACCCAUUUACUAGUGUGAAUUCACAUAGUUGAAUUAUGUGUCUGUUUACAUUGUUUUAAAUUGAACAGAGAAAAUCUUCAUCUAUACAAUUUCUAAAAGCAUGUUACAUUUUUGUUUAAAUCAUUUAAUGUCUGUUCUCCAUGAGAAUGUUUUAUAUUAGAGUUUUACCAAAACUCGCUUAGUUAUUUCUAUAUUGUCUACUUAUUAAAGCAUGCUUGAGAACAAAGAGGCACUAAUAAAUUUCUUUAACCAGAGCAAACACACUGUGUCAAUGAAUUGAACUCAACAGAAUUCACAUUUGUGGACUUGUAACACAGAUUCACAUGUGGAAGAUGACAAAGUUUUGAAUUCUUACUUUCCACUAUGUCCACCUUUAAAGAUAAAACCAAGCUCUUUAGACUGGUCACUCCUCAUGGAAAUACAGCUGGGUCCAGGAGAUGAUGGACGCUGCUUCUUCAUCGUGAAACUAAAAAAGAGUUGAUCAAUGAAAGUAUUUAUAUUUCUGGGCCAUGAUUUCAGUAUUUUCUAAGGAGAGGAAGACAAUAAAAUUUAACCUUUAGAUCUUACUUUUCAUCUGCAGAAUGUCCACCUUUAAAGAUAAAACCGAGCUCUUUAGACUGGUCACUCUUCAUGGAAUCGCAGCUUGGUCCAGGAGAUGUUGGUCUUUGCUCCUGCAUCCUGAUACAAACAAAUAACAUUAUCAGCGGGUGUAAGCUCCUAUUCUGUAGUUGAGCAGCAGAUGUGAUGGGAGUAUAAAAAAUGAUGGUGAAGUGAUGUAAUGAACAGUGUCAAGGUUAAGUGACCUGGACAGUCAUGUUGUGUUCACAGUCAAAGUCAUUUACCUGCUCAAUUCCUGCAAAUAUUCUCUUCAAUUCACACUAUUUGCGCUGCCUCAUUGCAUCAUUUGUCAGACAGCAAUCUAUGUCUAUGUCAUUACAUUAAUCUUACAUGUAAUUCACUCAUGCAAAUGAUUUUAUUUGCAUUUGGUGUGAACGUACCAUAAAAGAUUCUCAUCACAACGCAGAGCUUCACACUCUGGUAGCCGAGUAAUUUUAGAGUGAGGGGCUCCCUCCUCUGUGUCCUCAUUCUGAUUCAUAGCAGAGUUCCCCUCUGCUGCACUGUGACUACAGCAACACUGUGACUUCAGAUGGAGUCACAUCCAGUCAGAAAGACUGUGGUGCUUCAGCUGUGGAGGAAACGAAGAGACAGAUUCACCUUCAUCAUCACCUCAUUGUCAGUCUGCAUCAGGGGUCUGUAACCAAUUUCUUUUGAGCUGCCAACAAUAAUAUCUGGCCUACAAGAUUUUUUUGACAGUGGAUUUGUAAAAUAUUUUUGUUUUUACAAUGAUGCCAUGAGACAUUUUGUAAUGAAACAUGUAAAAUACAAUUUGGCUGGAUAAUACAUUACAGUAGUACUUAAAGUUUGCUGGCAGUGUUUAAAGUUUGCACUUUUGCGUCAGUCUGGAGACACUCUGACUGCUGCAGGGCGGUGGAAAUCUUGGCAUGUGUUCUGCCUUCCUCGAAAAACUGUACCCCCAGCUCUGAGUAUUCUUCCAGUGCUUUUACUUUGUGAGCACUCUGGAGCUCCACUUUGGGGUUACACAACAUGUGCCAAUCAGAGAUGGAAGAAUGCGUUAUAUGCACAGCUCCACUACUUCCUAAAUUUAUGGCUGCUCCUUUAUCUCCUGUCUUACAUCACUGGACAUACUAAUUAAUCCAGGUGUGACUGAUUAUUGUGACUACUCAGACCCACCUGGAUUAAUCAGUUUGUCCAAUAAUGUAGGACAGGAAAUAAAGGAGCCGCCUUAAAUUCAGGAAGUAGUGGAUCGGUGCAUAGAGCCCAUUGGAUGAAAAUCUGUGUAUCAUUCGUUCAUUCGAUUUUUUAAAUAAAAAUAAAAAUGAAAAAACGAAGAAAAAAAAAAUCUCAAUAUUUCUCUCUUAAACAAAAAUGAAAAAUGAAAAAAACGGCUCAUUUUCCAAUUUCCGUUUUCUAAAAGGAAAAUUAAAAAACUGAUAGCGGCUCGUUUUCCGAUAUCUGUUUCCAUCUGCUCAAAUGAAAGUGGGAUAAAUGGAUAAUGACAGUUUGAUCUGAUUCAGAUUUUUUCGUCUGUAGAAAGUUUUGUGACCACAAAUUGAGCCUUACUCAGAGGUCAAGAGGACAAGACUCAGGCUUUGGCGUAAUGGCUGGACUUGAGAAUUAUUCAGAGCUCAUACUGCACUUUUUUCAGGAUGGCAAAACUCACGCAAAGAUUUCUACCGCUCUACAGGAGGCAGGAGUGCCAAGGUGUUCUGAAAUGUCCGUCCGAAGGUUUUGUGCCCAAAACAACCUGAGGAGAAAAGGACACGUAUCAGACACACAGCUGGAGGUGGUGUGUCGGUUUAACUAGUAUUAGAUUAACUGGUGACACUCUGAGCAGAUGUUCAAGGGGUGUGGCUUUUGAGGACCUUUAUUUAUUUUGUUUAUUUGAAUAGAGAAUUAGGAAAAUGAGUUAGUAUCCCCUUUCUCAAUUAUGUUUUAGAAACAGAUUUAAAAGAUAGGUGUCAUUAUCUUAUAUUUCUUUUUUUUUGUUCUGGAUUUUUUUAAAUUUUCAUUCUUAACUUGUGAACCUUAAAAAAUAAAGGUGAAAAGGAAUCAUUGAAGGUGAGAAGAGUUGAAUUCAGAGAUGAAAAGGGAGGCAAAUACAUAAUCCCAUUUCAUCAAUAUUCUUUUUAAUUUCACAAUCAGAUGGAACAGAUUUACUAGCAUACCCCGGCUCUCUACAAGUUUUCUUUCUUGAAGAACUUUACACUUAAGCGGGUUUUGUCACAAUUCGUAUGUUUGACACAUGAGUAACUUUUAACUGUCCCUUAGUUCUGUUACUCUUUAAGAGCAGGACUUCCACCAUUCCACUCAUUUUUCCUCAGUUAUCAGCUCAGACUAAACUUACACACCCUGAUGGUUUGUACUGAAGUCAAACAUUAACAAGUUGUACAGACAAGCCUACACAGUUAUAGCUUACGGAACACAGGCUAGCUUUAAACCUGCUAAUAUGCAGAUCCCUUUAAUUUUGUGAAGCUUUGUGUCCUGUUGUGUACCUGUUGUCAGGUUCUGAAGCUCUACAAUUACUCUCAUAACUAAAACAAUCAUUAGAUAUGCGAUGAUGCAGUGGCUCCCCUCCCCUUGUCUUUAAGUAAUCUGUUGGCUUUUGCACUGUUAGCUGUUAUUGAAAAUGCUGCUCCCUCUCUGUUGUUUCACAGUAGCCUACAUGUUCUAGGAGAAGCUAAUAAGCCCAGUAGUUAACUGAAAGUUCUGAACUGCUUUUGCAUUUAAAUGAAUUGAAGAGUUAUCUUUAAACAGUCAAAAACAGUUACUUACCUACGUUUCAACCCGGAAAGCAGAACUGUGUCACACAGGGUGACAAAGGGAAACUCUGUAACCUGAAAAACAAGUUUUUUAUGAGCUCAGACACAGGGUGUCUGGUUCACACAGGAAGCGCUGCGCACAGAGUUUCCGAUCGGCGCCCGUGUUAACCUUUGAACCUGAAUUGUCAGUCAGAGAUGUUUGUUAUGUUAAUAUUAUUUUUUUAAAAUAAACUGGUCUCAGUGUCGAAAACUGGUACACCAGCCAACCAUGGAGUUUUGGGUGGAGGUGAUGUGUGAUUGAUUUGAACAUUAAGAAUGAAGUUUAGGGUAAAUGGAGGAUUUCAGGUAUGUGAUUUUAAUGACUUAAAACUGAAGAUUAAAGUUUUGGUCAAACAUUUGCAAAUAGUUGUUUCUUUUAGUUUUUAAAUUUCAAAAAUAUUUUAGAUGUACAGUUUGUGUUUGAACUGUCAAAAAAGUUAAAGAUUGGCUGAACAUAGUAGAGCUUGAACCUGAUAUUGUGAUGUGUAAGAAAAUUUGUCAGCUCUGUUCAGUUUGCUCCUCCCCCCAUGAUGCUCCUUGAAUCUUUGUGAUAAUGUUUAUAAAUUAAUCAACUCAUUGAAAACAGUGAAGUAUGAUUACUCCUUGUGUUGUUUAAUACUAUUUGAGUUUUUAUGUCUGACUUAUCAAGUGCAAGCUCUCUAACUCUCAACAUCUCCUGCAAAGAUCUCUUCUGGAUCACAUUCUUUUUAGCUUUUCCUGCAAAAUGUCAAUAAAAUGUUAUUCUUCGUUUUCUUUCUGCAUUCAGGGCUUGUGCCCUGGGCUGAAAAUACACCAACUGAAAGACUGGUCAGUAGCUGAAAACCUGAUUUUAAAAAAAAGUUUUUCUAUAUUCAAAACAAACAAAAAAAGACUAUACUAAAGUGUAUAUAUUUUGUUACUUGUUUGACUCACCUGGCUGAAUAAGAGUUAAAACCGUGGGUAAGUUUGACUCUAGAGGAAUUUCUUGUUCAUCCAGCUGUUCUUUAAUCUGACCUGUGGUGGUUUUAUUCAGGACCAACAGAGAGAGAAGACAUCAUGAAGUGGGACACAGAGUGUGAGGAAAAUAGAGAUGAUGCUUGUGGUUUCAGUCUGUGGUGUUGGUGGCUCUGAAUGGUUUUAUACCAUGUCAUUAUGGAGCCAUUCUAAAGAUGCUGGGACGCCAAAACAAAGAAAUGUAGAGCAGUUUAUACUCAGAGGCUUCACAUCCACUCUGAUCAUGUUCCACUGGAGCAGGAGGUCAAGACAACGCAGCAAUGCCACACUCAGAAGUUAUUCAUAAAUCCAGCUCACUUUCACCCACUGCUUUAUUCCCACAGCACAACAUUAAACAAGCACUUACUGUAAACACGUGUACUGUAAAAAAACAAGUGUUUUUGUCUUGUUCUUUUUUUUGCUUGGUAUAGUUUUAAUUUAAAGUAAACACAGAUGCUCAUUCAUGAGUUGGUCAGUAAAAAAAUGAACAAAAUAACCUUUACCCAGCAGUGAAUGAAUAUAAAGCUUUUAGUAAUUCUAGAAGUCAGACAACAGGAAAUCACAGCUUUUACAUUACUAGCUCCAUUAAACAGCUAAUGAUUCACACUUAACACAUGCUUUUUUUCUCAUCAUCUCUAUUCACACCUGGGCUUGAUAGCUAAUUGGCCACCAUGAUUAAAUGUUUUUUUCAAGUUGCAAAAGUGACUUAAUCAAUCAUCAGAUCAGUAUGUAAAUGACUUUAUCUUUGAUCACAGUAUUAAUAAAUAAGCUCACCCUGCAGCUAUGAAGAGCAUUAAUGAUUUUAAGUCUUCAAAGUGAGAAUGGAUCCUCCUUACAUGUGAGUCCCGUCUGUAUGAGACUCCCCUCCCCCCCAGCAUGUGUUAUCACAUGUGUUCCUUGAUGGAUAUGACACAGGUAGAUAAACAGUUUAGUGGGAUGUAUGUCACUGUGCUUCCAGGAUGUGUAGACUACAAAUCAGAUCUGUUGGAAAACAUGAACAGAAGGGGACAGUAAAUCAAACUAAAGCCAUGAUGUAGGUGAUUUACAGCAGGUCGAAAAUGAAGAUUAUUUCCCCUGAGAGCUGGAAAGAAAAAAAAACAUACAACUGUGAAGAUAUUUCUUUAUUAACGGCAUUUUAUCACGUGGAAAACAAGUGUGUUACAUUCAAAAAUGGUGAUUGUGGUGUUACUGAGUGCAAGUGUGGAGAGUGGGAGGUUUGAGAGAGUUUCUUCCCUAUCAGUGUUGUAAAUCAAACAUGUCUGCCAGGUGAUUUAAUCAGCUGACUGCUGCGCUUGAAUAGAGACAGACCCAUAACUCACAAAGAGGGAGGGACGUUUCACACCAUGCUGAGCUGAAAGAAAACUUUGAAGCAAAAAUUAAUGUUGUUUCAGGAUGUUUGUUGUCAUGAAGCACGCUCAGUCAGAAAGACUUAAUUCACAGUCUCAAUGCAGCUAUGUUUUCUUCUAUAGUUCCUCUUGCUUUGACAUUUUGAGGAUGCAGUAUUAGAUCUGAGUUCCCUCUGUAGACUCUUCCUGGCAUUUUGCUCUGGAAAAGUUGAUAGAGAAUCAAUUUAGAAAGAUCUCAGGUAUAAAAGCAUUUUUGAAUCAUGUCUCAUUAUUCAUUAAGGUUAUUUCUAAUGAUGUGCUGUAAUAUGUUAGUCGUUUAAAAGAAAUGUGAUUAAAUUUAGGCAGCUGAAUUGAAUAAAGGUUGCUCAGUUACCUGUCUACUGAAGGCAAUGUCAGGAUUGUUUGGUUUGUGUGGGUUUUGGUGCAUCUUGUGGACAAAUUGCGAAAUGUGUAGUAAUUUUCAGAGUGUCAGUAAUCUGGGUUUGGUAAUCCUGAAAAGUUUGAUACAGGUCUUAAUUGUGCUAAUCAAUAUUGGACAAAAGUUAACUUGAUAAUCUAAUCUUUAAUCCAUAAUAAAGUGAAUUUACAAAAUUUGAUCAUUCUUAUCUAGAUUGACUGAGUAGAUUCACUGAGUCCAGUGUCAGUGAUGCUGCUGCUGCUGCUGAUGAUGAUGAUGGUGACAAGGAUGGAGGUGAAGGCUGUGAUGAAGAUAAUAACAGAGAUGAUGUGACAGAUUUAGUGUCUCUGGUACUCUGUUACUCAUAGUGAUGUCAGGGGUCCUUGGUGUUUAAUGAAUGACGUACUGCUGUUUCCGUGGUAACUGCUGUCACUGAUCACAGAGUUCAUGCUGCAUUGUAUUGCAGUAUUGAUCACAGGGAAUGUUCUUAUUGAUCACGGUAGCAGGAGACCUGAUUAAAUACAAAUUCAACUUUAUUUGUAUGGCACUUUUCAGACAAAAAAUGCCGUUCAAAGUGCCUCACAGAGGCCAAAAACAACAAUUAACAACAAAAAGCCCCAACCCACACACCCACCCAUGGACCCACACACACAAAGACACACACCCACCCGCACUCACCCACACAUACACACACAAGCGCACACAGUGUGAGAAUUUAAGAUAUAUUGUUAAAGAUUAGUCAGUCAGGGAUGUGAUAGUUUUUAAUUAAACUGGUACCAGUGUUGAAGACUGGUACACCAGCCGACCAAGGAGUUUUGGAUGCAGGUGAUGUUUGUUUGAUUUGAAGAUUAAGAGUGAAGUUAAGGGUAAAUGGAGGAUUUCAGCAAUGUGAUUUGAAUGCCUUCAUCAUGUCUCGGCUAGAUUACUGUAACGCACUUUGUUAUAGAGUCAGUCAGUCUUCAUUCGCACUUCUCCAGUUGGUCCAGAAUGCGGCCGUUCAUCUUCUAACCGGAAUGUGUAAGAGGGAGCACAUCACUCCCAUUCUGGCCUCCCUCCACUGGCUGCCCGUGCAUUUUAGAGUUCAUUUUAAGAUUUUUUUAUUUGUUUUUAAAACCUUAAAUCGUCUGGCCCCAUCAUACCUCUCUGAGCUGCUUUACCCCUAUGCUCCUGCCCAGUGCCUCAGGUCAGCUGGCCAGCUGCUCCUGUUGGUACCAAGUUCCAAGCGGAGGCUCAGAAGAAACAGAGCUUUUUCUGUUGCUGCUCCUACGUUAUGGAAUGAUUUACCUCUCCACAUUAAACAAGCUCCCUCACUGUCCAUUUUCAAAACCCGUCUAAAAACCCACUUUGAUUCCUUAGCUUUUGACCAAGCAUGAGACGGCAUUUGUUUUAUUGCUUUUUAUUAUAUUUUAAAACAACUAUUUAUUGUUGUUUUAUGUUAUUAUGUACAGCACUUUGUGUCAGCUUUGGUUGUUUUUAAAGUGCUCUAUAAAUAAAGUUGAGUUGAGUUGUGAAUUAAAGUUAAAGAUUAAAGUUUUGAUCAAACAUCUUAAUGUACAGUUUGUGUUUGAACUGUCAAAAAAGUUAAAGAUUGGCUGAACAUAGUAGAGCUUGAACCUGAUAUUGUGAUGUGUAAGAAAAUUUGUCAGCUCUGUUCAGUUUGCUCCUCCCCCCAUGAUGCUCCUUGAAUCUUUGUGAUAAUGAUGUUUAAAAAAUAACCAACUCCUUGAAAACAGUGAAAUAUGAUUUCUCCUUGAGUUAUGUAAUACUGUUUGAGUUUUUAUGUCUGACUGAUCAAGUGCAAGCUCUCUAACUCUCUGCAAAAUGUCAAUAAAAUGUUAUUCUUAGUUUUCUUUCUGCAUUCAGGGCUUGUGCCCUGGACUGAAAAAAAUACACCAACUGAAAGACUGGUCAGUAGCUGAAGACCUGAUUUAAAAAAAAAAGUUUUUCUAUAUUCAAAACAAAAAAAGACUAUACUAAAGUGUAUAUAUUUUGUUACUUGUUUGACUCACCUGGCUGAAUAAGAGUUAAAACCGUGGGUAAGUUUGACUCUAGAGGAAUUUCUUGUUCAUCCAGCUGUUCUUUAAUCUGACCUGUGGUGGUUUUAUUCAGGACCAACAGAGAGAGAAGACAUCAUGAAGUGGGACACAGAGUGUGAGGAAAAUAGAGAUGAUGCUUGUGGUUUCAGUCUGUGGUGUUGGUGGCUCUGAAUGGUUUUAUACCAUGUCAUUAUGGAGCCAUUCUAAAGAUGCUGGGACGCCAAAACAAAGAAAUGUAGAGCAGUUUAUACUCAGAGGCUUCACAUCCACUCUGAUCAUGUUCCACUGGAGCAGGAGGUCAAGACAACGCAGCAAUGCCACACUCAGAAGUUAUUCAUAAAUCCAGCUCACUUUCACCCACUGCUUUAUUCCCACAGCACUUACUGUAAACACGUGUACUGUAAAAAAAAUGUUUUGUCUUGUUCCUUUUUUUGCGUGGUAUGGUUUUAAUUUAAAGUAAACACAGAUGCUCAUUCAUGAGUUGGUCAGUAAAAAAAUGAACAUAAGGACCUUUACCCAGCAGUGAAUGAAUAUAAAGCUUUUAGUAACUCUAGAAGUCAGACAACAGGAAAUCACAGCUUUUACAUUACUAGCUCCAUUAAACAGCUAAUGAUUCACACUUAACACAUGCCUUUUUUUCUCAUCAUCUCUAUUCACACCCAGGCUUGAUAGCUGAAGUGUCAGACUUCAGUCGGCAUGAAGGAGGAAUCUGCAAAGUCCAGAUUUAAUGCUGAUGUCAAUAUUUUUAAAUGCCCUGGAACAUGCAAUGUAAUAAAGAAAAUAAAGUGGUUCAGAUGGAGGUGAUUAGUUUGACCUGUGAAUGGUGAGUGAGAUGAAUUUGCAGGAAAUGUUUCUUAGGUAACUUAUUUUGCAUGUAACAGCCAGUGCGUUUUCUGCAAAUGUUGUUCUUUACCUUACACGUCCUGUCUUUGUCAUUGUCAUUUUUUUAAGUGCAAAUUUUGAGUAGCACACACAGCCUGCAUAAGCAAAUUUAGUUUUCUCUCUUUCUCUGGGAGGAAAAUUCUCCUCGACCAUUCAUAGAAAUCUGGAAUUGUGAAUAACAUUUAAUAGGCGCAAAUAAAUGUUGAUAUCCAGUUUAAACUGAGGUUUAAAUGUCCAAAAACCAAAAGCUGACCACCGUUGGUGGUUUAACUCUGACCAAAAGAGAACAUUUAAAAAACAGGAUGCUCUGUGGAAACUUCAGUGAAGUGUUUUUUUUUUCCCUUUAACCAAAACACAAAUAGCUUUUUACUACCUGAAAAAACUGUUGCAGCCGCAGAGUGUGACACUUUCUCUCUCACAUCAAUGCAGAGACUCAGGCUUUUGCUUUUAUAACCUACAGACUUGACUGUUGUAUCACUCUGCUUUCUGGUUUUUCUUAAAAAGACCCUUUCCAACUUCAGCUGACGCAGAACUCAGCUGCAAGACCACUGACAAAGACCAGAAAGAGAGGCCACAUUACACUGAUUCUGAAGUCUGUGCAUUGACUCCCAGUAUCUUUGAGAACAGAUUUUAAGGUUCUUUUAGUGGUUUUUAAAGCUCUUAAUGGUCUCGCACCAACUCAUUUAUCAGAUUUUUUUUUUUUUUUGUGAGAACUGUCAGGUCCCCAGGUUAGGGUAAACUGUGCCAAGUCAAUCUUAACUUCCACCUUUAUAAACUGAUUUUUACCUUAUGCAGGUAUCUUUGUUGGUUAAUUAAUUUAUCAAUUUAGGGUUGUUUUUUCCCUAAAUUUUAAUGUUUUAUUUUGCUUUAUGUUAUUCUUUUAUUACUUUAAUAUUUUUUGUUUUAAUCUCAGUUUAUUUAUUGCUCAACUGAUUUCUAAGUGUUAUCUCAUGGUAUUUUUAUUAUCCUUCCAGUAUUUCCUCAUUGUAAACUCAGCUCCUCUGUCCUUUAGUUCCUACAUUUUUUUAAAUAUUUUUUUUUGUUCGUGUUAGCCUUGACCAUUGACUUUUUCAGUGCUACAGCAGGUUAAAAGUCUAUUCACUUGAGUUUAAAAUAAUCCUCCAUCUGAAUGACUGACACUGACCUUUCAUGAAUCUGGUCCAAAUGGUUUUAGUGAGAUAACUGGAGCACCAUGAGCCACAGUCCAGUAUCAGUGAAGUGAGUCUGUCUGUCAGGCUGCUGCAGUUAAAUGUGGCCUGUUUAUGGUUUUAUUUUUAACCAUGCGUUUGUUAAUUUUAGCAGAAUGACAUACUUGGCCACCAUCUAAUCUUGUUGUUAAAUAUAUUUAAAGUCCCACUCCAACCUUUUUUUUUCUUUUUGCCAAAAUCACAUUGCCUGUGUCAUUUUCAGGGGCUUUUCUUCUGCAAAGCUCCAGUAGUUCAUUAGCAAUUAGCCUUUGAGUGGUGGGUGGAAACAGCACUGCUCUGCACACUCCUCUGCAGGGGGGGGGGGGUUUGUAGCUCUCUUACAAACAUUGCAAUCCGCUAACGCACAUGCUUGUUCCGCUAUCACCCUCUCUACUUUUCCGUGUCUGGCCUGCAUAGCGGGGCUCUGGGAGGGGUGUUGGAUUUGCCACGUAGGAAAUUUCACUGUAUCUGAACCUGCUGUUUGGGUCUGUCAGAGAUUCACAGCGAUUUGAAUGCAGAAAUACUCACUGUUCUGCAUUACUUUUCUUAUAUGUCCUGUAACAUCAGAAAAAUGCCACAUAAACAUGUAGACAACAAGAAAAACAUGAUUGUCAUCGCAGUGGGUCUUUACGAUUAUUUCAAUUUUAUAUCAACCAUGUUUUGUGUUAUUUACCUUUUUUCCUACUCUCAUAGUGUUAGUUUUCCGACUCAGAGCUUAGCCAAAGAACUCCUAAACCUGCACAUAUAUCAACUUUUUCCUUGUGCUAAGUAUACAUUAUUAAAUGUUAAAGUGAAUAAAAUUUCUAGAGCAGAAGCCUAUGGUGUUGCAGUGAUUCUUUGCAGUUAUCAGUGAAACUCUCACAUAUUACAGUGUAAAUUAGGUUGUUGCUAGAGAGUAUGCAUACCUGUAAUUUUGUUCAUCAUGACAUCGGCUUUGCUGGAAACCAAACUGCAUCAUCAUCAUUCAUUAAAAGAAGCUUUACUGUAGAAACUCUGAAGCACAGUUAAACAUUUAUAGUUGUUAUAUCUAAAGGAACAUCUCUUUGUGAUUCACAGAAGCCAAAUUAACCGGGACUGUAAAAGAGAGGAAAGAAACUCAACCAGAUGACUCAAGUUCAAGGUAUCACAGAGGCCUCCAACCGACAUGAGGAGCUGUGUGUGUGUGUGUGUGUGUCACACAAUAAGUGAAUAUGUCUGAGAACCACACUCUGAGUGUGUGUGCAUGUCAGAUGUGAAGUAGCGUGUGUUUAUGGUGUGUGUGAUGGUGCUCAACAUGUCAGAGGAGGAAAAGAUGAACUGCACCAUCAGCCAUGAGAUCCACCAGUACCUCUUCUCCUGUGUGUACAUCAUUGUUCUUCUGGUAAGUGUGUGUGUUUUAACGAUCACCUAAAACUGAAGGGUUAAGAUGUCUGAUUACUAAAUAAUCUGCAAAUGUGAUGGGAAUGGAUGUAGGUUGUUGUGACACAGGAAAUGAUCAUAUUUUAGGAUUUAAAAAGACCAGCCCUUCCUGUUUUCAAGCAAUGAUACUCACGACAGAGCUGAUGUCGUUUCUGCAGCCUGUUUCAUAUUAUUGCACCAAGACAGUCACAGCGGCUCUGAGGGCAAAGUAUCUGCAAAUGAUCAAACUAUCUUUAUAAGGAGCUGUUUUACACAGCGCCCUCAACAGGCCUGGAGCACCUCCAUUAAAAGUCUUGAUUGGCAGCGUUAUUUUGCAGGUGUUUUCAUCCUUUGUUGGUAGCUUUGCAUCAACUGAGCAUGUGCAGCACAUUUGCUGUAGAUGCAGUUAUUUCAGUCUUUUGCAGCAUGUUUUUCAUUGCAUCAUUAAAAACUUAUGCAGCAUAUUUCUCCCUGUGAAGGUUCUGGCUGUUGCAGUUUCUCUGCCAUUGUUAGUCACAAUAUAGUUGCUUUUCAAUCAAAACUCUUUUCUCUAAGGAACUAAAUGGCUAUUGUGUGUAUUGUUGUCUAUGUUUCUGAAGUUCAGGGGUAAUAAUGCAAAUCAGGCCUCUGAUUUUACAAAAAACACCAACAACAAAAAUUCACUUAUCCCAUUGGCAGCAGGUAAGCUGUAUUGGUUAAUAGAUAACAUCAGAUUACUGGAAAUAUUUUAACCCUAUCCUUACUCAGCUGGUGUCUGUGUGUAAAUUAUAAACCAUCUUGUACUGUAAUCAAGGCUAAGUCCUGAUGAGAUUAACCCCUAAAACACCCCAAAGCAUCCCUGAGAUGAAAAAAAUAUUCUGAAAUAGAAUGAAAAUACAUUGUUUUAUUGAUCAGAUAAUAUUUGGUCAUGUAAGAUAUAAUCCAGAAUCUUUCUGUGUGUGUGUCUAUGCUGCCUGUAUUUUAUAUGUACAUUGACGACCUGUUGAUUUUAUGUAAGAGAAACCAUCAUAUCCUGCCUCCCAAAGUCCCUGAACUAUUAAAAAAUACUUUCUUUUGAGCUGGGGCUUUUCCAGGGGCAGAUCUUUUACCUAGAACUAAAUUUAGACUCUCGUUCCUCCAGGUGAAAUGCACAGAGUUCCUCAAAAGGUCUGUAAUUCCUGGGGAAAGUUCCUGUGGUCAAACAGCACCUGUACAAUACUGGGUGUUGAAGCAGUUAGAUCCAGAAAUUACUCCCAAAAUGUUUCCUGCUGACACCACUUGAUUCUGUUUUCCACCUUUUCUGCAGACGUGGACAAACAUGCAAGUUCAGACAGCUAAGGGCUUCAAAUCACAUAGAUUUGUGCAUGCCUCUGUAUAGUGAUGUGACAGGAUUGUGAAGCAGUGGAGAGACUGCUGAGGAGGGACAGGCUUGUGACAGAAACCUGAAGGGAAAUAGGCAUGAAAACUCAUACUGCUCUUAUUUCAUAUUCUGACAGACACCUGAAAAUGUGUCCUCUCAAUCUGAGGAGUUUUCAGUCAGUCAUUGUCUCUGUUGCCCUGCAGAGGAAGUGCUGCACUCCAUCUUUCAGACCUGACGCCUCCACAGCAUCCACCUGCAGGCUGCUGCUGGAGAGAGAUAAUAUGUCAUCACUCCUGAAAUUAAUGCAUGUAAAAUAAAUCUUUGAGAAGUGACAGGGCUGAAGCUGAGACACCAGACACAAUGUUCUGCUGCUGCUGCUGCAAUCAUCAGCUUUACCAAUACCAAUUUUGCUCUGUGUGUAGUUGCAGUAUUAUGAUCUUAGAGUAGGUCUUCAGAGUGCCAAGUGUUAAUGUUCUGGUGUGUGCCCAGAAAUAGAAUAAUAGGGUUGAAGAAAGUGGUAAAAAAGACAUCUGAGAAAGACAAGGUAACCAGAAUAGCUGAUCCUCUUUGUUCCAGAUUGGUGUCCCUUCCAACCUGUAUGCUCUGUACCACGCUGCAGUGCAGCUGAAGCAGAAGAAUGAGCUGGGAAUUUAUUUGUUGAACCUCACUGUGUCUGACCUGUUGUACCUGGCAUCCUUACCUUUGUGGCUGCAGUACAUCUUUCAGGUACUUUAAAACACAUUGCUACUCUGAUAGAUAGAUAGAUAGAUAGAUAGAUAGAUAGAUAGAUAGAUAGAUAGAUAGAUAGAUAGAUGUCUGUCUCUCUUUCUCUCUCUCUCUCUCUCUCUCUCUCUCUCUCUCUCUCUCUCUCCACAUUUCUAAAGCUGUCCAGUGAGAAAGUUAAACAGUCAACAGAGUUGCAUCUUAAAGAGUAGAGAAAGAUAUUUUGUUGAGACGAAAGCAGCCAGGACCCCCGCUAACGUGACUGAAUUUCUGAGUAUUUCCAAAAAAUGAUCUGCCAGCUCUUCUCCACGUUUCCUCAAACCAAAUUCUAUUUUAGCCUCAGCUGUAUGUGCUCGUUUUACUCCGAGGGUUAUAAUAUACAAACUACACUGUGUUAAGUUUUGCUGCUCCAUUUGAAUCUGAAAGUUAAAGAAUAAGAAUAAGAUUAACUUCAUUGAUCCCCGAAGGGAAAUUCAAUAAAGUGCAAGAGUUUCUCUUUACAAAUUGAAUUCAUCCCUUAAUGUCACAGAUCUUCUCAUGAAUGACCUGUUUUUUUUUUUUUUUUGUUAUUUAUUUUGUGGAGUUUGUUUUUAUGAUGAUAUCAUCUCAGGAUGACGACUGGCGUCACAGGGAGUGGUUGUGCCAGCUCUGUGGUUUUCUGCUCUACGAGAACAUCUACAUCAGCAUCGGUUUUCUUUGCUGCAUCAGUCUGGACCGCUAUCUGGCUGUCGUCCAUCCUUUAAGGUUGAUUUAAGUAUAUAUUUAUAUAUAUUUAUAUAUAUAUAUAUGUAUGUGUGUGUAUAUAUAUAUAUAUAUAUAACUUUGACCUUGACAUAAAGCUUUAUAAGGAUAAUUUGAUGUUACAUGCCCACUCUCUCUCUAUUGUUGAUCCUGCAGAUUCACGUCUCUCCGCUCAAUGCGUGCGGCGUGGCUCGUCAGCAUCCUCAUCUGGCUGAAGGAGAUUGCUGUGGGCGUGGUUUUCUUCAGACAUAAAGAACUGAGCCAAAACAAAAAGAACCAAUCAGUGUGCUUCGAGCAUUACCCCAUGAAGCCCUGGGAGUAUCCCAUCAACUAUUACCGCUUUACCAUUGGCUUCAUGUUCCCGCUGGCUAUCCUAUCAGUGAGAUUACUGCUUCAUGAUCUAUCAUGGCCAAAAAUGCAGAAUGACAGAAUGAAAGAUAAUACAACUAGAGUUCUGUUGAUGUAAAUCAACAAUAAAUAAGAAGUUAUAAAGACAGAAAAUAAGAAGAUGAAAAACAUCUAGUAGCAAUGCUUUGUUUGCAGGUUAAGCACAUGAGCACUCCUGAAAAUUCCCAGAACUUUUACUCCAAAGUUACUUCAGCCACUUUCAGACAUGUACAAAGUGCCUGAAAGUAUUCCUGUGAGUGAGCUGUACAUGUGACAGAAUCCAGGUUUUCCACCCCAAUGUCACCUGGUAUAUUUUCUGGUAGUUCCCUGGUAUCAUAGAGGGUAAAGUCCAGGUAAGCAGCAGCAAAUCUUCCUGAUAAUUCCCUGCUAGAGGCGGCUGACAUAUUGUGUUGAUGGUUCUUAUGCAGACAGUGUUCUGUCUACUUUCACUGCCUGGUUGAAAAAUGCUGCUGUAGAGCAGAUCAAUAACAGAGGAGGUCGGUUUGCACUUUUUGUCUGUGUUUUCGGGUUAUUAACUGGAAUAAGUUUGCUGCAAGAUUAUGAUGCUGAUGCUGCUCUCUCUGUUUGUGUUGUCGGAGGUGUAGAAGUGGGUUUGAUCCUCUAACACACAAUCUAAUAUUAAGAUUCACAGCCUAAUAACACAGCUGUGGAUUUACAGACAGACAUAUUUUGUCAGGGUUGAGAGGAAAGAAAAACUAAGAGAAUAAGACUGAAUGUAAAUCAAACCUUCUGGAAGUUAAAGGAUCAGCAGUUUUAAUCUUGCCGGGAGGUAAAACUUUUCUGGUCAUGAUCAGGCCCCCGAAAUAUACCAAGUGCAUGUCUGGAAAGGGCUUUAUAGUUGAGGUUCUAUCUGCUGGGAAGGAGAGAGAGGGGAUCACAUGACAUUAAAAGAUUGCUGCAGUUGUCCCCACACAAGAAAAGCCUACAACUGUGACAGAUGCAUCCACAGUACAAACAUGUAAGUGGAAAGGAGCAUUAAAAAGUGUGAAACUGCAGCUCGUGUUGUGCGUUAUGCCAGUCAUCACACCUGCCUACUUGACGGUGAUGAAUUUCCCCUUCUGUGCUCUCACAUUUGACUCAUGCCAACUUCUGUAGAACUUUUACUUUUAAGGUUGGCAGGAAAAAAAACUGUGGUUAGAGCCGAGGCGAGAAAUAUAACCGUUUGGGUUCACACAUGCAGCCCACCCUGGAAAUGUCAGGGUAUUAUAAGAGUGCAGUGCAUCUGUAAACAAAGCAUUUGUCUUGUAGCUUAAAGCCGAAAGCCCCUGUAAGGAGUUUUUGAUGAGGUAUGAAACAGACUGAAAGAUUCGGUGCACAGUCAAAGCAGGUAUUUUCAGUUCAUGUGUACAACUAUGUAUGUUUUUAAUUGAUGCAUCAUUUAUAUUACAGUAUACAUAGUAGAAGACCAGAGUUUGAUUUUAGGUCAGUUUAAAGUAAAUUAUUUUUGUUUUGUCUCUUCAGAUCAGCUACCUGUGUGUCCUUCGUGCCGUGGGUCGGAGUGCAGGAACUCAGCCAGAUCAGAAGACGAGGGUCAGACAGUUAGUCAGCAGCACCAUCCUUAUCUUCCUCGUCUGCUUCUCUCCCUAUCAUGUCUUCCUGUUAGUGCGCACCCUGCUGGAGCGAAACUGUGACUUCAUCACAGGUAAAGACCUGAAUGCUGAUAAUGGACGAUCUGUUGCAUGAAGUGUUUUUGAGGAGGACUGUGAAAUAAAAGUUCUUACAUAAAAGCCCCAAAAACCCAAGCAUGAACUUGUGAUGAGUGGUGUUACUCCUACAAUAAAAAAAGUCAGACAUGGUUAUUAGAUUUUAGCAGCCAGCUCAGCCUGAUGUUCAGCGAAAGUCCAAUGAAUCAUUGUUGUUUUGUUCACUCACUCUGAUUACAUCCACCACGUGAAACACCUCAUAUCAUCUCUCCCUGGGGUUUCUGAAACACUAAAACUGCCACCUUUCCCUUCACUUCCAGGAAUAUUUAACUACUACCACCUGUCCUUGUUGCUGACCAGCCUAAACUGUGUUGCUGACCCUGCUCUCUACUGCUUUGUAAGCGAGAGCGCCCGCCGUGGCCUCUAUAGAGUCAUAUUCAGGCCCCUCGGCAAGGUACUCUGUUGCUGCUUACGCCGAGGGAACGCCAGCCCGAGCAACCCUACCACCGAUUCCCACGAGGUAGCCACGGAGGACAACAAUAGGCAUCCGACAGUGACGCUGCUCACACACACCAGCAUUCUCCACAAAUUAAAAAAAGACUCCUCAGUGAAAAAUAGAAUUUUGAUUACACAGACUGAGAAAAAGACGUUAAAAUCUUUGAUUUUACACAAAAACAAAGACUUGGAUAAAAGUGUGGAUGAUGACGGGAAGCCCAGCUGUGCGAUAGCAAUGGAGGAGUGGACCAAAAGGACAGAGAGGGCAGACGGGAACAAGAACAACAACUAACUCACGGUGAAAGCAGAGAAACGCACAAUAAACUGAACACAAUACACUUGUCUGCACUGACAGGUGAGCCUGCUGCUCCUCCAGCUGUGUUUACAUCUUCAUGUUUUAACCCAACUGAAAACAUUUUCGCUCUCUCAAGCAAACCUCUGAUGUGACAGCUGAGACAGAGAUAGGCCGGUGUGAGUCUGUUUUUAAGCUACAAACAACCUGUGGACCUUUCAUCAGUCAGGUUACAGGAGAUGGCAGUACAUCCUUCACAUAUCAGGAGGCAGUUUUUAUUGAUCUGCAAACAAACCUGUUACUGAAUAAGUUGAGAUGCUGCGUUAGUGUGAUUGACCUGAAGCUCUGGUCUUAUCAAAGACAACAUAUCAAACACUGAAACUGAAAUUUACUGUUGUUUUUGUGAAGUUUUAUCACCUCCACUUCCAACAACAGUACUUAGCAAGUGUUUGAGAAACUGAGGAGACCAACUGUCAUCGUUUUACUUCUGUUUGAUGGAGGAUUUCAGCAGUCUUAAUUGUAUUGUUCUUUUAUAAUGCAUAUAAUGCAACAUUUUUGAUAGGUGACAAGUCAGGACUGCAGGCAGGCCAGUUUAUCAGCAGGACUCUUCUCCUACAGAGCCAUGCUGUUGUAACCCGCAGAAACCCUCUCUGAUAAAUACUUUGUUUGCUUGGCAGCAUAUGAGGACCCAAAACCUGAAUACAUGCUGCUCCAACUUUUGACAGCAUAAUUUUUCCAAAAUUAACAACUUUUCUUUGUUUAGAUGGGCUAUUUCCAACUUAAUUUGGGAUUUUGAUUUGUGCAAUAAUCCCAUUCUGUCUCUGUUAAAACAUGCACAGCAUCCCAGUUCCUCUGUAAACAGGGUUGUGGAAGUAAAUUUGGUCAGAAACCCCGAAGGAGUUUAAUGACAGGCUUUAAUGCUCAUCAUUUAAGGGAAAAUACCCUUUAAGAAUCAAAUUUGUAUCCAACGGCUGUAUUUACUGUUUGUAAGUAUUUCAACAAAUUUAUGACAGCCAUAAUUUACAAACUUGUUUGGGUGAGAACAGAAAGUUACCCAUAAUAAAGGCUAGAAAUAAUCAAACGGGCGACGGCUAUGAACCUUGGGUAAAGUUCUCAUCAAACCUGCUUUUUUCAUUGAGAACUCUAGUCUUUUUUGUGUGACCACUUGCCUAGAAUAACAAAAACAUUGAUUUUAAUCUUGCAGAACUUGAACGUUGCCUCUACAGAUAACUUUCUUCAAACGGUGAAUGCAGAUUGGUGUUCAGAAAAAAUCUGUCAGUUUGUGGUUUUGACACUUCUUUGCAUGCUUCUGUGCAGGUGUGCAUCUUUGCUAAAGGGAAACAACCUCUAAUGUUUACAUAUUGCAUGUGUGGCAACUAUAUCGUUGUUAUGAUCAUAAUUUUAUUUUUUUAACAAACAUGUAAACGUGUUAGCUGUUGGACAUGAACAUUAUUGCUUAAACUUUCAAAGGUCUAACUGUUUUAAAAUAUAUCAAGACUUAAAUUAUCGAAGAGACUCUUAAAAGUGUUGUACAUCAGUGUGACUGUUCAGAUGAGAAACAUUAACUUAAAAAUGUCAGACAUAAAAACUUUUGCAUCAUAACAGUGGAUUCAAUUGUUACAAGGAUAAAAUAUUCUCAUCAAAGUUAAUGGCAUCUUGAAAUAAUGAUGUGUAUGUUCAUAUAAUGUAUUAUCACAGUGACACAUGAGAUGAAGAGUAUUUUUAUAAAAGUUCAAAUUCAUACUUGAA